AUGUCACAGGUUUUGUUACCUGUUUUAUUGUCCGGGAUCCUCACAAUUUUAGCGACAACGGAAGGUAAUGAACAAGAUUUUGGCCCGUGGUCUCGUUGGUCAGCGUGCAGUCAAUACUGCGGACGAGAGGGAAUGCGGUAUCGCGUUCGUUUAUGUAUUCGUGAUGGCGACUGCCGAGGACAAACCAUUGAGAUGUCAACUUGCAAUAAAACCAAGUGCUAUGUUAGCUGUAAGCAGUAUUUUGAGGAUGGUUUUGAACGUGAUGGAGUCUACCGGCUGUAUUUGGAUGGACCCUGCAAGGAGCCGGUCACAACAAUUUGUGAUCAAUCCAGAAGGUUUGGCGGGGGUUGGACUUUAUUGAUACAAGCGCUUACCAACAAGGGAUGGAAUAAAAGAACAGUCCUCCAACGAAAUGCAUAUGCAAAGGCCAGUAGACUCAGAUGGGCUGACUUUUCCAUAUUAGGAAAGGCUGACGUCAUCAAGCAUGAUUCGACCAAUAAUAGCCCGUUUCUGUAUCGUAUCGAUGCAAAUCAGCCUGGAAGCUGGGGUGGAGUUUGGCAAGCUCCGAAUCACUACACCUUCACUGGAAACUUCCCCAAUCAAACAGACGUCAUGAUGGUGAAACGAUUUAAUGAAUGGUCUAGUGGAGAAUUUGCAAUAAGUAACCGAAUGCCUUGGCUGCCCAAGCGAAAUAAAUUGGCGUUGCUUACUACAAGUGACUCGUUUGUUGUUCAUAUACCCUGGGGGACUUUUGUAGCACAACAAAAGUGGCCUUUUCUUUCUUCUCCCUGGAUUUAUGGCAAAAUGGCCUUUCCCAGAAGAAAGUGGUACUGGCUGAAGGAGCUAAGACAAGAUUACAAGGAACCAGAUGACAUUUGCCCAAUUGAGACACCGCUACCAGUGAACGGUGGUUACGGCACUUGGUCAGCAUGGGGCGCUUGUAGCAAAAGUUGUUCAACCGGUUACAAAGUCAGAGCGAGGUACUGCAACAACCCACGGCCUGCAAAUGGUGGGAAAGACUGCUCAGAGCUGGGACCAUCGCGUGAAACUCUUGUGUGCAGGCCAUGGCCUCCAUGUGAUGUAAGCAUGAUAGUUGAUUCGGGCCUCGCCCUCGUCAUCUAUUACGUAACGGAAAUCUUGAGCCCAUGA